CCACCAAUUUACUCGCACAAACAGGGAAAGUGAGGAAUACCAUUUCCCAGUAACAGAGAUACUGUCCCCAUACAUAAGUUUUAAGAAGAGUAAUCAAGAGAUAUGAACAGUUUUCAGGGCCUUCAUGCUUGGUGGAUUGCUUGCUGAACAGCAGUGACAAGAAAACUUUAAAGAGGUGGUUCUUCAUCGAUAAAAGGGUUGGCUAAUUAGAAUAUCAGAGGUUGAACAUUUUUCUAAGGAAUCUGUUAGCUUUUACGUUAUAAGUAGUGAUACAACGCUGGACCAAAUGGACCUAAAACCGAAUCACACUACUCCUGUUCUUGCUGAUCCUGCAACGAUAAGCAACUCAAGAUUAGUAGUAUCUUCCGGCCUGUUACCAUGCUCACCCCCGGGUUCAGUGUUUUCCCCAAAUCUAUCAACUGUUCCUAGGAAAAAAGCUGGAAUUCUUGAUGAUGUUCGUGCCAGCAGCUGGCUCGAUGCUAUGAAAUCCUCAUCCCCACGUCAUAAAAUAACUAGAGACUACAACCAUGAGCUUUUAUCAGCUGAUACAGAUGUUGCAUAUCGCACAUGGAUGGUAAAGUAUCCAUCUGCACUAAAAUCUUUUGAGCAAAUCACAAAUUUUGCAAAAGGCAAGAGAAUAGCAUUGUUUUUGGAUUAUGAUGGGACACUUUCACCAAUUGUUGACAACCCUGAUCUUGCCUUCAUGUCUAUUGAUAUGCGAGCUGCUGUAGCAAAUGUCGCAAAAUACUUCCCUACGGCGAUAAUAAGUGGAAGAAGCCGUGCCAAGGUAUACGAGUUUGUUGGACUAACAGAUCUGUAUUACGCUGGAAGUCAUGGAAUGGACAUCAUGGGUCCUGUUAGGGAACCUUCUGACCAUACUCCUAACUGCAUUAGAUCUACUGAUAAGCAGGGCAAGGAAGUGAAUUUGUUUCAGCCUGCUAGUGAAUUCCUGCCUAUGAUUGAUGAGGUUUUUAACUCACUUGUCAAAAGCACCAAAGAAAUAAAUGGAGCGAAGGUCGAAAAUAACAAGUUCUGUGUCUCCGUCCAUUACCGUAACGUAGACGAGAAGAACUGGAAAACAGUUGCGCAAUGUGUCCAUGAUGUCAUCAGAAACUACCCUCGUCUACGAUUGAGUCACGGGCGGAAGGUUUUAGAGGUUCGGCCUGUGAUUGACUGGGAUAAGGGGAAAGCUCUUACUUUUCUACUUGAAUCACUCGGGAUCAGCAAAUGUGAUGAUGUGCUUCCCAUUUACGUUGGAGAUGACCGGACAGAUGAAGAUGCAUUUAAGGUUCUGAGAGAGGGAAACUGUGGGUAUGGCAUUUUAGUAUCAUCCGUGCCCAAGGAGAGUAAUGCAUUCUUCUCCCUUAGGGAUCCACAAGAGGUCAUGGAGUUUCUUAAAUCACUGGUGACAUGGAAGAAGACGAGUGCUCGCUGAAUACAAGAAACAACAUAGAGAAGAAAAAUACACAGAGAAUAAGAAAAGCGUAUAUAUUCUAGUUAACGCAGGGAGCAGAAUUGGAGAGAUGAAAGGCAGAUCUACUCAACCAUAUGCUUCUUGUCUUAACUGUAUAUUCCUGCUUCAGUUAUCUUUUCUCGUUGAUAGCAACACGAUUUCCCACCCCCCCAUUCUUUCAAGUAUAGAAACGCAUUUUUCUAUGAAUUUACGAGCUCCUGUUGGAUUCUAUUUUCA